ACACCCACCUUCUGCUUUACCCCCUACUCACCCAACUCCCCCUCCUCCUCCCACCCAUCAGGCCCUGUCCAUAGCACUGGGGCAGCCCUGCUGAUAGGGUUUCAGUCUCUCUGUGGCGAAGAAGAGGGCAGGCACAACAAUACCAACUUUAGGACUCAAAUCUACCUGGGGAUCCGUAUUCCUCUCCCUGUUCUGGGACCUUCUGGGACCUGUGACUUCCUGUGGAUACCUGAGUCUUAGCCAUGCCUUCCACUCCAAACUCUGCCCCUUCUAACAAGAGGAAGGCCAACAGAAUCAUCACUGACCUGUCCAACAUCAGCCAGAAUGAUGAUGAGUCAGACCCUGAAGCCACUGAGUUUGACCUGGGCACCAAGAUCAAGACCCCCAAGGACACAAUGCUGGAGGAGCUCUCCCUCUCCAAGAACAAGGGCUCCAAGAUGUUCAGGAUGAGGCAGCAGAGAGUGGAGAAGUUCAUCGUGACCAAUGAGAACACGCAGAACCUCGAGAACCUGCUGAUGUCCCCACCCCCAGUCCCACCAAAACCUGAGAUGCCAAAGAUGGAAGUGGUGGAGGAGACAAAAGAAGAGGAGCAGGCAAAGAGAAAUGAGGAGUACAUACGCAACUACGUUUCACCAUGGGAAAGGGCCAUGAAGGGCAAUGAGGAGCUGACAGCCACCAUGAGGGCCAGCAUGCCGGGACCCAUCAGGAUGCAUGCAGAGCUGCCUCUGUACAAGAGCUUCAACAGGACGGCGUUGCCAUUCGGUGGCUUAGACAAGGUGUCCAAGUCACUGACCUUCGAACUCCUGAUGAACAACAGUGCCGAUGAGGUGGCGGAGCCUUUGCCCAGCCUGCAGGAUGACAUCCGCUCACGCCCCUCAUUCAACCGCACCCCCAUCGGCUGGAUCUGCGGCGAAGACAGCUCCAACAUCCACAUGGACAUGGACAUGGACACCAUCCCCUUCGAUGGAGAGACAGAUGACCUGUGAAGAUGCAUGCACACACACGCUUAUUUAAAGUACAUGUACCCUGUAGAAUACACAUCCACUGUAACUCAUAAAACACACCUUUAACCGGCAUGAGAGCAAGAGGUACGGUUCAUAAUUUACACUGAAAACAGAGACUGUCGGCACUACUGAGGCUCCCAUGUACUCGUGUGGAACUUUAAUUACCACUAAAAAGAGAGUGAUUUCAAAUGACUUGAAAUUAUUUGAAAAGUAUCUCCCCAGUCUCUUGUGUGCCUCUUAUCUUUCCUCCAUAAGUCUUACUAUGAUUUUGCAUACUCUGAGUUUAUGCAAGACCAGUGUGAAUAAAUAUAGAUGCGCACUCUGCACUCUUGAAACAAUGUAUGUAUUCAAUAAAGUUCUCCUUUACA